GUGUGACAUUGGAAUUGCCUGAGCCCUAGUCCCGAGUCAUAAUUGAGCCUUUUGAAGUCUUCCUUCCAGAAGUGGAGGACAGUUUGGACUCAAUAUUUCUUUUGGAUGUAGUAAAUAUAUUCAUAUUCCUUAGUCAUAUUUUGAACUUCUGAGCAUCCUGCUGGUAUCCCAGUAUAAAUUUGGAGGCUUGAAAAGCACAUUCAAGCAGAAUAAGGUUGUUCUAAAUAUCAGCCUCUGAAUCAAAUAGCUUUUAUUUGGCUUUGUGAUGCGAGUUUUUUCAUGUUUAGUGUUUGUGAGAGUCUCUUGUCUCUGCUCAGUCAGCUGCAAGGUUUUGGGUGCAAACUGUUUGACACUCCAUCUGAGGGAGGUAUGCAGUGGUGCUAGUCUUUAGCAUAAAGAGCUUUGAGACUGGCUGGUUUCUGAGGAGCAAUAAUCAACACUCCCAGUGGUCCAGCAGCUGUUUGUGGUUUUCAUGAGAAGUCCCCCGCAGGUGGUUUCUCCUGGGACUGCUCCUUCCCUUCCUGCUUCCAUUGAUGUUGUUCACCCUUCCUCUGGCUUUACAGUGAAGCGUCUUCACAGGAUGGAGAUAGAGCACCUGCAGAGGCUGCGUGAGGCCAACCAGGACCUUCUGCAAAGGCUCAGAAUGAAGCAGGAAGAGAUCAGAAAAAGGCUUCCCAGCAAGGCAUCUCUUGAUAACAGAACAGCUCCUGAAAGCUCUGUCCCCUUGCCCACAAGAAGGGUACGUGUUGUGUCUACAAAUCCAGCUGAUGCUGUGGAGCCUACAGCUGACCCUGAAGUGUUGGUGUGUGUGGAACCUGGAGCUUAUGCAGCCAGAGCAGCCCUCUGUUCAUCUCUUAAACACAGCAGCAGUGACAGGGGGGUACAGCAACAACAAGAGAAGAUGCAGGAAGCAGUAGGUUUGGAUUCUGGCUUUCCUGGGAAAGAGAAGAAUGUUGUGCCAGUGACUGCAGUCAUUACCUGUGGCAGAGAAACCUCUGAAGUGGAGAGGGGUGGCCAUGCUCAAGGAAGUCCACAGAAAGAAUCCUUCCCUCUGGGACAUGGAGAGAACAGAAUCCAGUCCACUCUGCUAGAUGGCUUCCAUGAGAAGCAGCAGCUUGAGGAUGUUCUGGCCUCAUCACUGAGCAGCAGCCAAGGUGAAGAGACCAGCAAGCAGCAUGUGGUUGUUAGAGAGCCUGUCGUUCGUGAAUCAGUCUUGCUGACGUCUCAGUCCCAAGAGCCAAAGAAGGGAGCUGGUUGCAUCACUUUUGAGUCUGACCCUGAAGAAUAUACCAUACCUGUGAGCACCUGGUCCAUACGUCCUUUCCUGGGCUACGACUGGAUUGCAGGACUCCUAGAUACGAGCCCUUCAGUAGCAGAAAAAUCUGACCAGUACUUUGCUGAGCUGCACGAGUUCCGACAGGUCAACAGAGAAGAAUGUAUUCAUGAGCAGCGCCCAGAGCCCAGCGCUGUGGACUACAGAGAUCCUGAACAAGAACCAGAUGUGAUAACCGGUUCCCAUAAGUGUGUUUACUGUUACCGGUUAAACCAGCGCCUCUUCCCUGUCCCUGUGGAUUCAGAGUCUGCCUGCCCCGUGUGUAAGAUCCCACGUACUCACCGGCCCCCAGAGAAAUUGGGAGAGCCAGCCUAUGUCAGGGUCAGCAUUCCCAGGUCUACCCUUAUGCCUGCCUACAAGCACAAAGCCCAUCGCAGGAAGAGCUUUGAACCAGAAGAUAGUCUAGCGUUACCUUCGCACUGCCUGGCUGGCUGGAAAAAUACCAUCUCUUGCAGCAACCCCAUGCUCAGCAGUUUGGAUCUGCGAGCUUCCCUGGAAGAGAAGCCUCCUCACCAUCCUCGCCGGAACUUGGUGUCCAGAGUGUCAGGAGGAACCAGAACUGACCAGCUUCUGAACCUGACCCCCUUGGCACACUUCAGAUUGAGCAGUGCUUCUCAGCAGAGGGGGAGCAAACCAAAUCUGGCCACUAGAGAGCAGCUCCAGAUUUAAACCUGACUGCCUCAACUCUGUGAACCCCUGACUUGAUUGUCCUGGAAACCUCUAUUUGGAUAA